GAUAACGGUUGAAGCCAAAUAUGUUUUCUAUACUUCCUAUAAAAACACUUUUUUAUCAACAACUUUUUACUCUGAUAACAAAAAUAAAAGUUCAGGACAAAAAUGUUUGGCCUAAAAAAAGGAUUUUGGUUUCACCGGAGAAUACAUGUAAUACAGGCCAGUUAGCAAUAGAGCUAAAUUAAUCUAUUACCUACGACGGAUUCAUACGAAUCACCUUUUCUAUUAUCACAAAAGUAAAUUCCACAGACUUUAUAAACUACUUUUGGUCAUAUAACACAUUUUACUUAUCAAUUUUGAAUUAUCAAUGCGGCAUUCAAACUGUAAACAUCAAAUUCAGCAAACUAACUUUGUUAUUCAAUCAAAAUUAUUUAAGUAAAGCAUCUUUUACAAUUUCUUGAAGUACAACUAAAAAUUGAAUUGAAAGAGUUAAGAAUUUAUGUAUAAUGUCUAUAGAAAUAGAGUCUGCAGAUGUCAUUCGACUAAUUCAACAAUAUUUGAAGGAAUCAAAUUUGAUGAAAUCAUUACAAACUCUCCAAGAAGAAACAAGUGUAUCAUUAAAUACUGUUGAUAGUAUUGAUGGUUUUGUUGCUGACAUACAUAAUGGACAUUGGGACACAGUACUUAAAGCAGUACAAUCAUUGAAAUUGCCUGAUAGCAAGCUUAUUGAUUUAUAUGAACAAGUUGUAUUUGAAUUAAUAGAAUUACGAGAACUUGGAGCAGCACGAUCAUUACUAAGACAAACUGACCCUAUGAUUGCUUUAAAACAACAUGAACCUGAUCGUUAUAUACAUCUUGAAAACUUAUUGGCAAGAUCUUACUUUGAUCCUCGUGAAGCAUAUCCUGAAGGAACAACUAAAGAAAAAAGAAGAAUCGCUAUAGCACAGUCAUUAGCUGGAGAAGUUUCUGUUGUUCCAUCAUCAAGACUACUUGCACUUUUAGGCCAAGCUCUCAAGUGGCAACAACAUCAAGGACUUUUACCUCCUGGUACAUCUAUUGAUUUAUUUAGAGGAAAAGCUGCAGUUCGAGAUUUAGAAGAAGAAACAUUUCCAACACAACUUUUUAAACAAAUUAAAUUUAUUCAAAAAAGUCAUGUUGAGUGUGCAAGAUUUUCUCCAGAUGGACAAUUUUUGGUUACAUCUACAGUUGAUGGCUUUAUUGAGGUUUAUAAUUUUGUUACAGGAAAAAUAAGAAAAGAUUUAAAAUAUCAAGCUCAAGACAACUUUAUGCUUAUGGAAGACGCUGUUUUAAGCUUGAGUUUUUCUCGUGAUAGCGAAAUGUUAGCUUCAGGAUCACAAGCUGGUAAAGUAACUAUUUGGAAAAUUAUGACUGGACAAGUAAUGCGCAAGUUUGAAAAAGCUCAUGUAUUAGGAGUGACUUGCGUUCAAUUUUCAAGAGAUAAUACUCAAAUUUUAACAGGAUCAUUUGAUAUGACUGUCAGAAUUCAUGGAUUGAAAUCAGGUAAAACGCUCAAAGAAUUCAGAGGUCACACAUCAUUUGUCAAUGAUGUGGUGUAUACAGCUGAUGGUCAUAGCAUAAUAAGUGCAUCUAGUGAUAGUACUGUUAAAGUAUGGAGUGUUAAGUCAACAGAAUGCACACAUACAUUCAAAUCUAUGGGAGCAGCAGAUGUUGCUGUGAACAACGUACAUUUAUUUCCUAAAAAUCAAGAUCAUUUUGUAGUGUGUAAUAAAUCAAACACUAUUGUUAUAAUGAAUAUGCAAGGCCAAAUUGUUAGGUCAUUUACUAGUGGUAAACGUGAAGGUUGCAACUUUGUAUGCUCCACAGUAUCUCCUAGAGGAGAUUGGAUUUAUGCAGUUGCGGAGGAUUACAACUUAUACUGUUUCUCAUUAGCUAGUGGAAAAUUAGAAAAAACUUUGCAAACUCAUGAGAAAGAGGUAAUUGGUCUAACACAUCACCCUCAUCAAAAUUUAAUAUGUACUUACUGUGAAGAUGGAAUGGUAAGAUUGUGGAAACCUUAAAUUUUAAAGUAUCUUCUAAGAAUGUAUGUAAAAUAAUG